CGGUGUGUAUCGCUGUCCUUCUCUGACCAGUUCUUAGAGAAGUACACCCAACCUGGGAACCACAACUCUGAGGUUGAUCUGAUCCGGACGUAUCUUUGGCGGUGCCAGUUUUUGCUGCCGUUGGUCGCUCUGGGGCUCAUAUUUUUUGGUGCCAUUGUUGGAUUGGCUGGAUGCGUGUGUCGCAGUCUUUACCCGGCUCUGGGUACUGGAGCCUUACACCUCCUUGCAGGUGUGUGCACACUGGGAGCAGUCCUGUGUUUUGCCAGCGGGGUGUAUAUGUUGCAGAAGAGCCUACCUCCUCCCCCAGGUGUGCGCGGGGAUUACGGCUGGUCCUUCUGCUUGGCCUGCGUCUCCUCCCCUCUUCAGGUUAUGGCCGGAGCUCUCUUCCUCUGGGCCUCUCGGGCCAGUCGGCGAGAAUAUUCCCUAAUGAAGGCUUAUCGUGUGGCAUGA